UAACGACCAAUUAGUCACACACUUGCCCCACACAGCAUUCAAUCUCUUAUCUAAAGUAAGCUCAAUCAUGGGGAACAGUUCAUCUUCUUCUAACCAGAAAAAGCCUCUUCCCAUUGACACCACAUUUAAGCUUCCAGCUAACAUACCAUCUUGGCCACAAGGUGGUGGAUUUGGUAAUGGAAUCAUUGAUCUAGGUGAACUAAAAGUGUCACAAAUAUCAACAUUCAACAAAAUUUGGACAACCUUAGAAGGUGGACAAGGUGACUUAGGAGCAACUUUCUUUGAACCAACAGGAAUACCUCAGGGUUUCUUCACAUUAGGACAUUAUAGUCAACCAAACAACAAACCUCUCUUUGGUUGGGUUCUAGUUGCCAAAGAUGAGUCAAAUGGAGCAUUGAAAAAACCAAUUGAUUACACACUUGUUUGGAGUAGCAAGUCAGAAAAAAUCAAACAAGAUAAAGAUGGUUACAUUUGGUUACCAAUAGCACCUAAUGGUUAUAGCCCUUUAGGGCAUAUUGUCACAACCACACCUGAAAAACCUUCACUUGAUAGAAUCCAAUGUGUGAGAUCAGAUCUCACUGAUCAAUGUGAGAUUAAUUCAUGGAUUUGGGGUAAAGAUAAAAAAAUUGAUGAAAAAGGUUUCAAUGUUCAUUAUGUUAGACCAAUCAAUAGAGGUAUUGAAGCUCCUAGUGUUCUUGUUGGAACUUUUUUAGCACAUGUUGGUGAAAUUACAAAUACCCCUCUUCCUAUUUCUUGUUUGAAAAAUAUCAACUUUAUGAAUUUUUCAUCAAUGCCUAAUUUACCUCAAAUUAAGGCACUAGCACAAGCUUAUUCUCCUUUCAUGUACUUGCAUCCAAAUGAAAAGUUUCAACCAUGUUCAAUCAAAUGGUACUUCACAAAUGGGGCAUUGCUUUAUAAAAAAGGAGAAGAAUCAAAUCCAAUGGAAAUUGAUCCAUUAGGCUCAAAUCUUCCUCAAGGUGGAAGCAACGAUGGUGCUUAUUGGUUGGAUCUUCCAAAAGAUAAAGAUAAUAGAGAAAGAGUCAAAAAAGGUGAUUUCAAAAAUUGUCAAGGCUAUUUUCAUGUAAAACCAAUAUUUGGUGGAACAUUUACUGAUUUGGCCAUGUGGAUUUUUUACCCUUUUAAUGGACCUGGCACAUUAAAAGUUGGACUCAUAGAUAACAUUUCACUUGGUAAGAUAGGUGAACAUAUUGGUGAUUGGGAGCAUGUAACUUUAAGGGUAAGUAAUUUCAAUGGAGAGUUAAAAAGAGUUUAUUUUUCACAACAUAGUAAUGGUCAAUGGGUUGAUUCUUCAGAAGUUGAAUUUCAAAGUGGAAAUAAACCAGUGGCUUAUUCUUCAUUAAAUGGUCAUGCUAUUUAUCCAAAAGCUGGAUUGGUUCUUCAAGGUACUAGUGAUAUUGGAAUAAAGAAUGAAACUAAGAAGAGUGAUUUGGUUAUUGAUUUUGGAGUUAAUUUUGAAAUUGUUUCUGGGGAGUAUUUGGGGAAUCAAAUUGUUGAGCCAGGUUGGGUGAAUUUUUUUAGACAAUGGGGUCCUAAAAUUACUUAUAAUUUAGGUGAUGAGUUGGAGAAGUUGGAGAAGGUUGUUCCUGGCUUGAAAUUGCCCAAUGAAUUGAUAGGUGAAGAAGGGCCUACUGGACCUAAGCAGAAGAGAAAUUGGGUUGGUGAUGAAAUUUGAAAUCAUUGGUUGUGGAAAAUUAUUCUCCUCUCUUUCAAAAUUGUUCAUUUCCUUAAUGCAGUUAAAGUUAACUUUUGAUCGGUAUUUUUUAGCUGGGUUAAGUCUCGUUGGCACUUUUAAGAUCGGUUCAAUCACUUUUUAAAUUGGUUGAACCGAUCUUAAAAGUGUCAGCAGGAGUUAACUCUAGUUGAAAAAUACCAAGCAACAGUUAACUUUAACUGAGUUAAUGGAAUGAAUAAUUUUGAAAGGGAGAAGAACAAUUUUUUUGGUUGUGUCGUGUAAGACAUGAUUUUAAAUUGUGAUUGUAGUUGUAUCAUAAAUUUUUAUUUUGUGUUGUAAUAAAUUAUUGACAAAUGAGUCUACCAUUAUUUGAUAUAUUGCACUUUGCAAAGA